AUGUUCAGGUCGCUUGUGAUAAUUGCAUGGUCCAAACGAGCUGGAAAGUAUGAUUACAGUGUUGCAACGGCAAAUUUUAUGAUGGAGACGCUAAAGUGUGUGUUCUCAUUGGUUGCUGUCACUCUAAUAUGGGAAAGAGAAGGCAUCACAGAGGAUAACAAACUUAUUACCAGUUGGGAAGAGAUCAAAGUCUAUCCUGUACCGGCGGGAUUAUAUCUUGUGAAAAAUUUACUACAGCUGAUUAUUAAAAAGCGACCUUCAAGAAAUAUCAACGCUCAGAAUUUCUGGCUGUAUAUAUUUGGAAUGAUUUUCAGCGCUGGAGCUAUGUUCGCACAGGAUGACGAGGAGAUCAGGAACAAGGGAUUUUUCCAUGGAUUUUCACUCAUCACUGUAUGCAUGAUUAUCAACCAUGCUCUUGGUGGGAUUGCGGUAUCUAUGGUAAUGAAAUACGCGGAUAACAUUGUGAAGGUUUAUUCCACCUCAGUUGCAAUGCUCCUUACAGCAAUUAUAUCAAUAUUUCUCUUUGGAUUUCACUUAACUCUUCCCUUUGUCCUUGGUUCUAUGGUUCUGUCUGUAUCGGUUUAUUUGCAUUCGAAGGGUGCUUGA